AUUAUUUGUUUUGACGCAUAACGAUUCACUUUUCGCUCGUGUGUAAAAGAAUUGUGCUACGUGCGACAGAAUGGAACAAUUACUUAGUUGCGGAUUAAAUUCUCAUUGAUUCGAGUGAAAAAUCAUUUAACAAUCCGUAAAAUGGGAAAGAUGAGGGAAUUUUUAUUUAAACACAGCCAGACCUAAGUUUAAAGGCCAGCAAUAAAUACGAAGUCAUCGACUCGUCGCAUAUCGCAUAAUUGUGCAUCGAUUUAAUAUUUGUGCACCGUUUUGCCAUUUCCUCUGCUUCACUGGACUUGGCCGCAUGCGUCCUUGCAUAGACACUUGUGUAAUCACUAAUCACUUGAUAAGAGCGUCGUCUGGCAUACAAUUCAACGAAACAUGAAAUACUACGCUUUGGUAUAGCGCGAUACGCGACAGUAAAUCAUAUCUUGUCACCAACAUUUCCUAUUUUUUGCUAAAAUUCCAGAAACGUCUAAUAGGCGCAAAAAGCACCCGGGUUUAUGACACUCUUAGGCGAAGUUUGUCGAGACGAUCUUUUUCUGUGGAGUAUUAUAUGGCCCACUUGAACGACAAUAUAGCCGCUUAUCAGUGGCCAGCGGGAUGCGUUCGAAAAACCCUGGCGGAUGGGGUGGCCCGGCCUUCGAGCCACGUUGUGUACAAACUGUUCUCAUGGCAACGGGUUCCAACAAGCGCGUUAUGAUCGGGGCUGAAUGAAAAUCCACAAGUGUAGCCAGUGAGUCUGUCGAUCCAGGCCGAGUUCACCUCCUAAAGUUGGAAGAAGCACGAUGAUGCGCUCGAGGGCUGCCGCCGCGCUGUUGAAGCUCAAGGAGAUGGACAGGAAGUAUAGCAUUAAGCGUAACGAGGUCACGAGAGGCCAGAGCAACGUCAGCACUGACACGUCCCUCGAAGCGACGCCCAGGAUGACAGCUGAUGCACCUGUCAGAACGCAGGACACCGCUGACAGCGACGAUAGCCACGGGUUCAAGGUCAUUCCGAAGUCCGAGGACCACAGCUCGAAUGAUGUUCCAAGUACUAAAAGUAUCUCCCGAAUGAAGACACCUAAGGAUACUGUGGACGAUCUAGCUCUAGAAGAUGACACAGUUAAAUCAGAUAAGAUAUCUCCGGUCAGAAGGAACUCCUUUCGAAGACCUUCUGACCUAGCAUCCUCCAUGAGGAGCAUCAGUUCCGAAUCCAAGGGCAGGGAUCAGAGCAGGUCAGCUGGGUCUGGCGAUCGUGCGGGAAGCAAGGAUGAAUCUUCGGUCGCGACGAUCUUGUCCAAGGCAUCGGAGAUUUCCGAAGUUUCAGAGGUGGUCCAAGAGUCCUUGACUGGUAGAAGAGAAGGAAAAGAGACUGAGGCUGAAGAGAAAAUUAUGGAGACCAAUAUGAAGGAGCUGAAGGAAGAGGAUAGUGAAGAGGCGAUAGAGGUAGCUAACAAGAUAAGCGAAAGAAGCGACAUAGUUUCCGAACUGAUUGAAACCCUGAAGAAGAACGACAGCGUCAUUGGAGAAGAGCGAAAGGUCCAAUACGAGAGCGACACGUUCGAACAGGUUUCCUCUUCGACAGCCUCUUCCAGCUAUGCGGAGGAUCGGUCGAAGGAGAUGCUUAGGGAGCAGUCUUAUGAAAACACAGUUAGAUCUGGGGUGAAACAGGUCAUGAUCACUGUCCACAUGCAGCCUGCGAGCGCCAGGAAGACUGUGGUUGAAGACAGCCCCGAAGAGAUCGCACCGAAGGAGAAGAAGAUCAUAGAACUGGUCCCACCGAAAAUAGUGCAGAGCACGAGCGAGUGCGAGAUCGGCCUCGACGAGGAGCUAUCGAAUUACGUCAAGACGUCGGAAAACGUGCACGAGGUAGAGCCAAUCACCCUCCUGAAAUCGUUAAAGCAAACAACUCCUCGGAAGCAUCCCCGACGAGGUAGAAAGCAGAGAAAGCCGAGCGAGAACAUCGAGGACACCCGGAAGAUCAGCGAAUCCUCCGAAGUGUCUGAUCAGGAGAGACCUAGACACAGCCAGAACAGCUCUUCAGCAACUAUAGAGGCCGCGAACCUGGAGAAGCAGAAGGAUCCUUCGCGGGUAGAUGAGAGCAGGGCCGACGAAGCAAAGGCUGAAGACGAAUACAGCACCUCUAGCGAGAAGCUUCUGAGAGAGACACCGAAAAAUUCGGACGUCACUUGGACCCUUAGAAAUUUGAACAGAGACGCGAUAGACGCUAUCGCCAGAAGAUACCGAUUCCAUAGCAGGGAGACAAAAAGCACGAAGAAGUGCGGAACCGUGGUGAAGCUGCCAACAGCUAAACACGUCGCCGAUGAGUGGAAGGACAGCAGGACUGGGUCUCUGGACAAUCUGAAGGACACGAAUGCAGACCAGAAAAGAAGAAGAACCACCUCGAAGAGAUCGUCAAAGUCCUCGAAAACCAGGAAGACGACGAAUCGAAUAAGACUGGAUGAGAAGCAGUCGAGGUUCGAUUGCAGGCAUGCGCGGAAAUUGCGGAAGCAAGCAGCCGCGCUCAGGCAGCAACAGGAACGUGAGGACAUCCGGAACUACUUGUUGGAACUGGAGCAAACCCGGUUGGAAUACGGGAUAGGGGAUCCAGCUGGAUCCGGCAAGAUAGCUGCCAUCAAGCCUCUCGAGUUCCCGAAGAUUGCAGCCUUCGAGAAACCGGAUCCAACGGAUGCAGAUUUAAAGUCCGAGGACAAGAUUCGAGGCCUGCAGGAUAGGAUGGCGUUGAUAAAACAGUGGAUGAAGGAUCAGUACACACUUUAUAGGGACUAUAGUAACAUAGCCAGGACUAUGAACGCCAAGUACGUGCCUGCAAGCCUCGAGGACGCGAAGAGGACGAUCCGCCAGCUGCAGAAGGCGACAAUUAAGACCAGGUGAUCAGACCUGUCUCCCCGAACGCUCAACAUUGUUCCUCUACAAUGAAGUGAACGGAGCUGACCCACCUUUGUGUCGUACGAAUUUUGUGAAUCCAUCGAAAAAUCUGUAUUGUCCACGAAAUAAAAAUCGUAAUCAUUUCGAAAACA